AUGCUCUCCCUACGCCCUCUUGCUAGAAGAUUCCUUUGGUGUGAUGUUUCAGACGGGCAGAGCUCUAGCUUCUGGUUUGAUCACUGGCUUGAUCUGGGUCCUUUAAUUGAUGUUGUUGGACAGGACGGUCCCCAACUGAUGGGUAUUCCUAUAGAAAGCAGGGUCUCAGAUGCUGGUACCUCCCGCGGGUGGCGUCUCCCUCCCUCCCGCACUCGUAAUCAAAGUCUUGCAGCGGUAAGGGAUUGUCUUCUCCGAACUCCUCUUCCGUCUUCGGUUGAACACUCAGAUUGUUUUGAAUGGAUCGUUCCCGGGUCUGCGACUACUAUAUUCUCAUCGGCGCUAACGUGGGAUCAUCUUAGACCAAGAGUGCCUCGACCUCCUUGGCACACUGGUGUUUGGUUCAAAGGCUGUAUUCCAAAGCAUGCGUUUCACUUUUGGGUGGUGAUUCUCAAUAGACUACCGGUUCGUGACAGGUUGGUCAGAUGGGGAUUAGAAGUCUCAGAUAAAUGCCUGCUAUGUACCCAAAACAUAGAGACUCGGGAUCAUCUCUUCUUGUCGUGUGAUUACAGUCGAGAGGUAUGGAACAUUGUGUCAAGACGUCUGGGGGAUAGCUGGCUCUGUGAUAACUGGGGUGCUUUUAUGAAUUGGAUUAGUGAUACCGCUUCUCCUCCUGUUACUCUGCUCAAGCGUCUGGUCUUCCAGGCUACAAUCUAUCUGAUUUGGCGUGAAAGGAACUCGCGACUCCACGCUGGCCCAUCCCUUCUACCUUCUCUGCUGUUCAGGCAGAUUGACAGGUGUAUCAAGGAUGCAAUUCUGGCUCGUCUCAACCGCAAGGGGUUCAGAAAUCUUCUAAGCCUCUGGUUUGCUCAUGAGUAA